AUGGACUUGCUGAGCUUGUUGAGGAUCUUGGAGUCCAAUGGCUUGGCAGACACAACGGUGGCCUCCACCACGCCUUUGGUCCAACUUCAGGUCCUUGGACAAAACGGAAACAACCUCCUGUCUGGAGUCUUGCGAAAGAGCAGGGUUGGACAGAAUCUGAGCAAGUUUAGGGUCCUUGGAGAUGGUGGAGUUCAACUUCUCGACAGAUUGGAACGUCUUCUCAAUGGACGAGUCUUUGGCAGAUGCGGUGAACAAUGCGGUGGCGUAGGUGCCGUCAAGACCAAACAGCUGAACUGGCGGCUUAAUUGGGGCGGCCGAUGCCAAUCUUCUCACAAAUUGACGGGAUGCAAACAUGAGUUGGAUUCUGUUAAUAGGUGUGUUUUUUUGGGGGUUUGA